AUGCCGGCCGCCCCUGCUCUCCGCUGCCCCGGCUCGGGCCGGCCGCUCGCUCCUCCUCUCCGCCCGCACCUCUCGCUCGCCCUGCCGGCUGUUCUCUCGUUCAUUAUUGGACUUGGUCGUCCUAGAAGACAAGCGGGGAGGCGAACUCCUGGCCGGGCCGGGAAGGAGGCGCGGAACGAGGGAGAAGGGCCGAUACCGGCGGUACGGCCGGGCCGAGCGCAGCCCCGGGCGGUACCGGGGCCGCGCUGCCGCCCUAGGGCCCGCUUCUCCCGUGCCAGAGCGGACCCGCGGCUGAAGCUGCCACCGCUGCCGGUAGCCGGCCCUGGCAGAGCCCCCUCGGGACGCUGCGAGGAGGGGGACAGCAGCUUUGGGAAGAGCCGUGAGCAGCCGGGGGCGCUGGGCACAAGGGUCCGGGGGGAUCGCUGUCACCGAGGGCCUCGGGUGUACAGCACCGGGCAGUGCCCGGGCCGGAGCGACCGGGCCCGGCUGCACCAACACCCGGUUCCAGCGAGGACAGAGAGCAUCCACACGGUCCAGAGCUGUCCCUGCCUUCCCUUUCUUUCCUCCUUCCCUUCGCCAGAUCAAGGCUCAAUUUUGCUGGAUAAGGACGGAAAGAGAAAACAUACAAGACCCACUUUUUCUGGCCAGCAGAUUUUCGCUCUGGAAAAGACUUUCGAACAGACGAAAUACCUGGCGGGCCCGGAGCGAGCCCGGCUGGCCUAUUCCCUGGGGAUGACGGAGAGCCAAGUCAAGGUCUGGUUCCAGAACCGACGGACCAAGUGGCGGAAGAAGCACGCGGCGGAGAUGGCGACCGCAAAGAAGAAGCAGGACUCGGAGACGGAGCGGCUGAAGGGCUCCUCGGAGAACGAGGAGGAGGACGACGACUACAAUAAGCCCCUGGACCCCAAUUCGGACGACGAGAAGAUAACGCAGCUCCUGAAGAAACACAAGCCGGGGGGCGGCGGGCUGUUGCUGCAUCCCCCGGAGGGGGAGGCCUCCGUCUAGCCCGCUUCGCCCGCCGCCGCUUUCGGAGAUGUACAGAUCUAUUUUUCUAGACUCUACGCGCCCGGGAGGAGGAGGAGGAGACGCCGGAGGGGGAGCAGAGAGGACUGCGGGCAGCGGGCCCCGGCGGGCGCGCCCGGUCCCCGGCGCCGUGUGUUGUUGUAGGGUGGCGGGCGGAGGGGAGCGGCGGGGGCUGCCCUGACCCCCGGCCCCGCUCCCGGCCGUGCGGCGGCCGCGUCUUUGCCGGCUCUUUGUAAAUAAACCGUGAGUCACCGCGACCAUAGGCGUUCCUUACUGUGAAUAUUUAAAAUGUAAAAUACCUUCUUUUUUUUGUACAGCGGGGGCCGGGGGCGCAGCCGCCCCGCCCGCCCCGCGCUCCCUGGCAGCAGCGGGGGCACCGCAGGAGCCCCCGAGACGGCGGCAGCGGCACCGCCGAGGAAAAAGCCGCCGUGGUCGCCAGCGGUUCCUCCCGCGGGCCGAAGCUGCGGCGGCCCCAUGUGCUAUUUAUUAGUAUUUUUGAAACACUUUCUGUUGCGGUCGUCGUGCGGGGGAGGGGGUGUGGGAGAGGGCGGAGGGACAAAGUUUGCUUUCAUUUACACCGUUUCCAAUCAACUGCGUGUUGAAAAAGUAGCUGGUGGGAAUUGUCACAGCCACUGUCAGUCAAAAUAUAAAAUUCAUUUAGUUGCUGUAUUUGAAUUUAAAGUGUGCUUUCUUUUGUAUAAUACGAAAUACUAGAGAAUGUAAAUUGUUUUCUUUCUUUCUUUUUUAAGAUAAUAACGAUGAUAUAUCGUGAUAUAGCAUCUUAACAUUUAUUAAUUUAUAUUAAAAAUAAUUCGGUUUGUAAAGAGAAGAAAAGCCCUUUGCAAGACCAGUUAAAUGUAAUGCACUUUCUGUUUAAAAAAACAAAACAAAACAACAAAACGAUAAAUCAAUUAAACCAGUUUAAA